AUGAAGGUGAACAUCAGGAAGUGGAACGGGGUGGCGAUAUGGUCGUGGGAUGUCCCCAAGGAGGAGGUGUGUGGUAUCUGUCGGACAUCUUUCGACAUGACUUGUUCCUCGUGCAAAUUCCCUGGAGAUCAAUGUCCCUUAGUACUUGGGGUAUGUACGCAUCGAUUCCACACGCACUGUAUUGAGAAAUGGCUUGAAGUUGAGACGUCGAAGAACCUGUGUCCCAUGUGCCGGCAGUGGUUCCAGGAGAAGACGGACGAUGGCGAUGGUGGCACUGGUGCUCACGCCAAUACGAGCGUCCACUCUUCCGACGUUGUGAGCACAACGUGAGCUGGUCUGUACAGUUGGAGUCACUGCAUCACGAUGCUAUCGUUGUAUAUGGAUCAGCUGGAGGCUGUAUGUUAUUGCUCUGGAUUCUUGAGAUUCUGGUAAGAAUUCGACUGCUUUUUGUCUAUUGCAUCGCUGUGUUUUGCAAAUCUCAUGACUCGAUUACAGAAAAUACAUGUCUAAUGGUUUAGAGCGGAUUCACUCAUUGUAUUAGAAGCACAAGAUGGGAUGAAGGUUAGCAGAUGAUCUGAGAGUGUGUAUAAAGCUCAAGGGUCGGUUGUGGAGAAACCGUUAAAGAGCAUCGCCAGAUGGCGUGUUUCACCGGGUUUGAGCAUGAGACAUACUUGGAUCUCAGACCACGAAAGAUUGCUGGCUUGUAAUAGCAUGGAGCUGAGGCAUAAAUACAG